AUGAAUUCACUGAAUCAAUCCUAUCCCAAGCGCCCGCUCAAAGUUGCUAUCAUUGGCGGCGGGCCAGGCGGCCUAAGUGCGGCGAUUGAAUUCCAGAGGCUGAGCUUCGUUGACUGGACGCUUUACGAGAAGAAGCCUGCCAUCAGCGAAACGGGGGCCGGCUUGAGCCUUCAGCGGAAUACCUGGAGACUCUUGGAGUUUAAUGGCGUUGCUAAACACUUCUCCGAAGAGGACUUCUUCAGAUGUCAGGAUGGCUCCAACAAGCACAUUCGUUGA